AUGCAGGCAUACCGAAACGCUCGAGAUUACGACAAUCUAGUUCGGAUGCUUUUGGACCAUCUGAACAUGGCCGAAGAGGCGGUGAAAGUCGUUCGAGAAAGUCGAAGUGUCGAAGGAGCGAAACUGGUCGCGAAAUUCUUCUCUCAGUUGGGCGAUCAUGCAUCUGCCAUCCGUUUCUUAGUGUUGAGUAACUGCCACCAGGAAGCAUUUCAACUUGCCGAAACGACAGACCACAUGGCGGAGUAUGCGGACUCCGUGGAGGCUGACGGCGCUACCCAAGAUCAAAUGGCUCAACUUGCCGAGCAUUUCGCUGGAGUUGGAGAUGCCCAUAACGCUGGACGGUUCUAUCUACGUGCAGGACACUAUCGAGCUGCACUAGAGUAUCUUAUGGCAUGUGGUGAGAACCAUGAGUCACUCGUGUUGGCUAUCGAAUGCGUGGCAGCUGCUGGUGACAAUAAGCUAACGGCCAGACUUACCGACUAUCUCAUGGGCGAGGUCGACGAUAUACCGAAGGUAAGGAAGUUCAACAUCCUAACGUCCUGGCAGUAUUGUCAUGAUCAGAUAACUGAAUGA